GUGAAAGGAAGCUUAAGGAUCGACUCUCGCAGGUGUGUCCGUGAAGUAAGUCAUCGCCAUGGGAUCAAGCGAGAGCAAAGUGGCCGUUCUCUCCGGGACCAAAACGGAAACUGGCCAGCGCGUCAGAAACGAGCCAAUCAACCGGUUAAUGGAUCCACGCUCUCCCUCAUCCGGCAUCGACCGGACACCUAUUCAGGUCGGAGGACCUGUUUCCAAAACAUCAGUUAACAUGAAGAGUGAAUGUGCGCUUCCUUCUGGUGACCCCAGGUCACCAACAGUUGGUAUUGCCCGCACCCCUAUCAGAGAUGCAAUGAGAGUAACCGUAGACUCCCUCGCUCGUCGCUUGAGUGUGUUUUUCCAUGGUGAAAUUCCGGACGAAGCCGCUCUGCCUACCCACAGGACACCAAAACGCUUCAAUUUAAAUGUGGAGGAGGUCAUUUUUGAAGAGGAGCUGGAUUCCACUGAACCCCUUCUCACUCCUCAGCCAUCCCAGACCCCUGUUUCCCUGGCAGAGCAAAAUAAUCUGGUCAAUACUGUUUCCUCAUCACUCCAGGGGUUGGGUGACUCUAGUCCCUUUGUACUCCUUGAGGAAGCCCAGAUUGAAGUGGGGGCUGAAGUAGAUCUCGUGCUGGAUGAGGCAGAGGAGGCUACAGAGUCCCCUCUUCACAAGAGAUUCAGUAUGAGCCUGAUAACUUGCCAUGAAGGAACAGCUCCGUCCCAGAUAUUUGCUGAGGUCCACAAUGACAGUCACUUGUCCCUAGUACCUACUGCAGAUGGCAAGUCGUUUGGGGAAGGAACCGAUCGGUCUUGUGGCCUUCCGUCUGUCACCUCUGCCCCAGAAUGCCCUACCCCUGUCCAAAUUUCUGUACCAGAUAUUACAGAUGUUGUGGUUCCAGUUUCCUCAGAGCAGCCAGAGGAAACGUUUCAGAGUUCACCAUCAGCACAAGAGCCAGCAGAGGUGCAGGAUUCUCCUGGGUCUCCUACACUUUCUACUUCCGAGCCUCCAACUGUCCCUAGUCCAGUCCUGAGCCCGGAGCCACCUCAGCCAUGCACUGGCAUCCGCUGCCCCACCCUUGAAACAAAAAGUCCCAGUCAGGUGGUAUUCAAGCCACAGUGGCUAGGAAAGGGCUUUGGCACCACAGGGCUGAGAGCCAGAGGAGUACAGGCACGUGGAGGAAAAGGAGGCUCCUCUCCUCUCGCUGUCCGGGUGGCUGUCAAGAACAUCGCCAAUGAAAACAAAGGACAAUCUGGCAAAAUGAAGCAGAAAGGCAACGGAUUGGCUGAAGGUCGCUCGCCACUACAGAUUCUUAAAAAGACUAACUCGCCUAGGGAGAAACCCUCUCAGAUGAAACUGAAGAGCUCCACCCAAGAUGGACAGAGGCUUGAACAGAUGGAACGUAGGGUCCUGACCGUGGCUAUGGAUAAAGAGAAUAGAUAGUCUGUCCACUAUUGCACAGAAUCCGUCCAGUUGUAUCACUCUAAACAAGCUUUUAAAUGUACAGUGUCUGACACUUUGCCUUUUCUUUAUGUGGCUCUUUAAACUUACACGUUGAUUUGUCUG